ACACACACACGCACGCACGCACGCACGCACGCACACACACACACAAAGUUCUCAAGGUGCAGACAGAAGCAGUCCUGCUGUUCAGAAGCUUUUAUCUCUGAAUGGUUCAGCAAACCGAACUCCUCCUGAAAAGAUCGUGGUCCUGGUGAGGUUCUGGCCCGGUCCUAGCGCAUUCCAGUCCUGAACCAUAUUUUAUAUAGUUCUGUGUUGUCAAAGCUGAACCAAUAAGAGACACAAAACACCAGACUGUCCAGAGACGGCUCACAACAGCCUGCUCUAAACAGACUUUGUAGUCUCUCUCUCUCUCUGAGCAGGGAGAGGCAGAGAGAGCUCAGCCCAGCAGACGCCAGUAGGAUGAGGAGGAGUGUACGCUCUGCUUUCCAACCACUCAGCUGUGAUCUGGAUCCAGAGCUGUUGCAGAUCCUGCUGCUCCUGGUUUGAGGGGGAACCCAGAACCUGGUGGAUGAAUGAACACACCGCUGGAGGCUGAUUUCUACACCUCUAUGAACACUUUGGGGCAGGACUUUGCAGCAGUUUUCUUCAAGAAGGACUCUAGAACUUCUUUCAUGAAUGGAAAGGUUCCGGGGACACACAAACUGGACUUUGUGACAUAAAUUGGACACACUGUCUCUUCAAUCAACUUGGCGGAUUUUAAAUCUCACUGGUUGCCCUUUGGAAGAGAGGACAUUUGCCCAUGUGGACACAGUACAGCAUGUUUCCAUGGUGAUGCCUAAUCUAGAACAUUCAGAAGGUUCUGGCUGAUUGUGAAGUUGGUAGCACAGCAGUUUUGUGUGGAUUGAAGAGGGUCAGAGUUUGUUAGGAAAGUUGUGCUGUAAAAGUUUCUGUUCUGCUGGCAAGCUGCUCUUCUGUUCAGCAGCUGCUCAGUGUGUGUGUGCGUGUGUGUGUGUGUGUGGUGGGGGGGUUAUUCAGAGUGUUGCUAUGCAGACAGACUGGAGCCAGACUCAGACAGCUUCACUGUGAGCUCCCUCUGAGGCCAGCGCCAGGCUGCACACACACACACACACACACACACACACCUUCAGAACAGAAGAACUGAUCUUGGAACCGUUCAGUCCAGCAGAACCAGUCCUCUAGAGCUGUUCUUGUUUCUGAGCUCAGCUCUGAUUUGGCUUUUCCAGAAGGCGACUCAGACAGACUGGAGCCACAGAAAACCUGCUGGUAAACUAAAGCAGCACAUGACCGGGCACAUCCUGUCCUGCAGCUGAGUGGGACCAUCAACAGCUAAUGUGUGUGUGUGUGCACACACACUUCCCCUCCUGUUGUUGGCUAAACCCAUGCACUGUUCAUGAAGCUGCCUGUCAGACUCAGAGGAACCUCUGUGGUCCUGUUGGGUCUUCACAGUGAGUCCCUGACAUCUUGUGCAGCCUGAAGAACUUUAUCUGGGUGGCUGAUUAGGUUUGUGUUGUUUAAAAUUAUCAUCCUGCCACGAGAUGAAAAAGCCUCACGAGAUCAGCGGCCCCUGGAAUUGUACCAUGAACAAAGAACCAGUGCUGGUCACAGCGCCAGGAACCAAGAAGUUCAAGAGGAAGUCCCGAGAGCCUAAAAGACUUUUCAUUAUUUCUGAGGAUGCAGGAUCAAAAGACUUUCCUGUGGACAUGUCUAAUGGGCACACAGCAGAAGACAGUAUUGUCAGCCCAUUGGUUCCUCACCAGGGACAACUGGUGAUGUCACAGGGGAUGAUGACCAAUAGAAAAGCUCAUUCAGAGACACCAGAAGACAACAUGACACUGGGUCAUGGUAGUGCAAUAGACAUGAGAAUUGGACUCAAUGUGACUGCUAUGUCCUCCAAAAUGUCACAGUCUACAGCCUCCUCACUGUCUCUGCAUGAGAUAUCUCACUGGCCGUCCUCAAUGUCCCAAUCCUUGUCCAAACUGGGAAUCCACUCUAGCCUCCACCUGCCAACACCACCCAGUGGACCACAUUCUCCUGGUGGUCAUGAGUUCCUUCUAGAACCCUCUCUCCUUGGCCAACCUGUUCCUAGAUCCUACCAGUCCUCCCAGAGUCUGGACCACAUGGACACCCACCAGUCCUCCCAGAGUCUGGACCACAUGGACUCCCAGGAUUCUUCCCCCAAGGACUCUCCCAGGAAGCGGGUUGGGAUAGGGCCUCAUGCACGGGGUCAUAUUCCAGAGGUCAAAGCCAUCCAGCAGACCAGGAGGCUUCUAGCCAACGCCAGGGAGAGGACACGAGUCCACACCAUUAGUGCUGCGUUUGAGGCCCUGAGGAAGCAGGUGCCGUGUUACUCCUAUGGACAGAAGCUUUCCAAGCUAGCGAUACUACGGAUUGCCUGCAACUACAUCCUGUCUCUGGCCCAGCUGGCGGAGCUGGACUACAGCUCAGACCGCAGCAUCGUGAGCUUCUCCCAGUGCGUGGAGCAGUGCACUAGGACCCUGCAGGCCGAGGGCAGGAGCAAGAAGAGGAAGGAAUGAAGCUUACGGCGAUGUUGAUGGAGGAACCACCAGCAGAUAGAAGGAAGAGAACACUGAACAGCAGAACACGUGAAAAGGGAGGAGCCUGAUUGAUGCGUUUAGCCAUUAUUUCCUAACAAAUGUCAAACAUAUCAGCGGUUUGUGAUUCAGCUAUGUUCUUAAUAAACUGGACUCAACAGCAGCACUGGUUCGUUUAUCCUGCUGUUACUGAGGGGGCGGGGCCUAAACCUGUUGGAUAUUACUCAUCUCCACAGCACGUUUCUGUUUGUAGUCAUCAUUUAUUUUCCAAUGUUAUUAUACUCUAACUGGUGGUUUAUUUAGGUGGUGUUAUUAACUACAUUACAUUUAAUGACUUGCAUCAAUAAAAAAAGACAUUACAGACCAAAA